GUAGUGUAUCUUGGGAUUCUGCCGUUUCGAUCGACUUAGUAUCCUCUGCCCAACCUUUAAACUCUGACAACAAGUGGCCGAGGCCAUGGCAGCUCAGUUCAAAAACCUGCCGGACGGGCUCAGGUUGGCAACAGCGGCUCACGUGAAGUACGUCCAGAGUCUGGACACCCGCAAGGAUGAGUACGACUACUGGCUGACGGAGCACCUGCGCCUGAGCGGCAUUUACUGGGGCUUGGUCGCUCUCCAUCUACUCGGACAUCCUGAAGCGCUUCCCCGUGACGAAACGAUCGACUUCGUUCUCUCGUGCCAGCAUGAGAGCGGAGGAUUCGGGGCCGCGCCUGGCCACGACGCUCACAUGCUGUAUACAGUUAGUGCUGUGCAGAUUCUGGUGAUGAUUGACGCCUUGGAUGAGCUGGAGGCGCGCGGCAAGGGGAAAGCGCAAGUAGGCAAGUUCAUCGCGGAUCUCCAGAACCGCGAAAGCGGUACAUUUGCAGGUGAUGAGUGGGGCGAGGAGGACACCCGCUUCCUCUACGGUGCGUUGAACGCCCUGUCUCUCCUGGGUAUGAUGUCGCUCGUCGAUGUCGACAGAGCUGUCCAGCACAUCGUCGCCUGCACCAACUUCGACGGCGGCUACGGCGUGAGCCCUGGUGACGAGUCGCACUCCGGCCAGAUCUUCACGUGCGUAGCGGCGCUUGCCAUCGCAGGACGGCUAGACCUGGUCGAAACGGAUAAGCUCGGGAGAUGGCUCAGCGAGCGGCAGGUCGCGGGCGGUGGGCUGAACGGGAGGCCUGAGAAGGAUGAGGACGUCUGCUACAGUUGGUGGGUGCUGAGCAGUCUGGAGAUCAUCGGGCGGACGCACUGGAUCGACCGGCAGAGGCUCAUCACUUUCAUCCUCAAAUGUCAGGAUCAUGAACUGGGGGGUAUAUCGGAUCGGCCUGGAAACACGGUGGAUGUAUGGCACACGUGCUUCGGCAUGACGGGCCUGAGCCUGCUGGGUUAUCCGGGCACGGUGGCGGUUGAUCCGGUAUACUGCAUGCCUAAACCAACAAUUGACAGAGCGCUGGGGAGGAAGCCGUGAGGGGCACGUGGCGGACGAGGAAUUUGGGAUACCCGCGACACGUACAGCCUGACAGCGACCCUGCCGUCUUAACAAACACGCAUACCUCUUGUAAUCCAAUAAUCUGCUAAUCCGAUUUAUGACGGUAGCACGGGUACAAGGCGAGAGAAGAGUAAAUGGGUAGGCUUCUUUCCCGGGCUGCGCGGUCACCUUCUGCGAUUUGUCAUGAGCGAGCCAGCCUUCGAACACUUGACAAAAUAAUUGUUGAACUAGAGACUGGGCCGAUCACUUCUAACAAUGCACGAACUCUUGGGAACCAUCGGUCUCUGCGCCUCUAAGGGGGGAAAUCUUGGGAGACCCGACCUAAAUCUUGAUGUGGGUAGUUGUUCGGGUGGUGGGGCGAGCGUGCUUGUAAGACGUCUAGUCUAAUGCCCUUCGCGCAUUGGCU